AUGGCCCAGGGGUUGCUUAUCGCAGCAUUUCUCGUGCUUUUCAUACAUUUACUCCGCAACAAAUAUGGUCGGGGCCUUGCAAUGUUACCUGGGCCAUGGCUGGCAGCAUACACAGGGCUCUGGCGAUGGAAGGACGUCCGCAGUGGAAAAGCACAUCAGAGAGCAAUAGAGCUGCAUCGCAAGUACGGGCCGAUUGUACGCAUUGGGCCGCAUCAUGUCUCUAUCUCUGAUCCUCAAGAGAUUAAAAAUAUCUAUGGCCUCAAGUCCGGUUACACCAAGACCGCAUUCUACCCAAUCCAGUCAAUUACAUGGAAGGGGAAGGUAGAGGUCAACCUUUUUGGCACGAUCGAUGAAGAAUAUCAUCGUAAGCUGAAACGGCCCGUUGCCAAUGCGUAUAGUUUAUCGACAUUGCUCUCCAGUGAGCAGGCCGUUGAUUCAUGCACGGAGCUCCUGGUCAGCCAACUUGCAAGAUUUGCGGAUGGAAACACGCCUGUGGAUUUUGGCGAGUGGAUUCAGUUUUACACCUUCGAUACUGUGGGCGAACUUACGUUCGGAAUGAAGCUGGGAUUCCUUGACGCUGGAUCAGAUGUUGAUGGGAUAAUCCAUGCCAUUGAGAAUCUAUUGACAUAUGCCAGUCAAGUAGGUCAGGUCCCUAUCUGGCACAAGUUCCUAAUGGGCAAUCCACUUCUACCCAUCCUCCUACCCUCAAUGGAGGGCUGGGACAAGGUACUGAGUUUUACCCUCAAAGCCGUCAAUACGGUUACGGGCCGGGACACUGGUUCUGAAGAGAAGGGGAAACAGGGCGACGAGCUAGACCUGGGAAGCCUCGAGCGUCGUGGAGAUAUGCUCUCGAAGUGGUACGCUCUCAAACUCUCUGAACCGGACAAGAUAUCCACUCGGGACCUCGUUGUGCACCUGAGCACAAAUGUUUUCGCAGGGUCCGAUACAACUGCCAUCGCUCUACGGGCGGUGUUUUACUAUCUCCUCAAAAGUCCGAUAAAGAUGCAGAAACUGGUACUUGAGAUCGAGAGCGCAUUUGCAAGAGGGCAGCUCGGUCAGCCUAUCUCCUUUCAGGAGUCAAAAAACAACCUACCGUAUCUACAGGCUGUGCUUAAGGAAGCUCUGCGAAUCCACCCUUCAGUUGGCCUUUUGUUAGAGCGUUAUGUCCCAACCGGCGGUGCAAAGCUGUGCGGCCACCAUGUUCCUGAAGGGACCAUUGUUGGCAUUAACGCAUGGGUGACGCAGCAUGAUCGCGAUGUCUUUCCAAAUCCCGAGAAGUUUGAGCCAGAGCGUUGGCUCGAUGCAUCGGAAGAAGAGUUGAAAAUAAUGGACCAGUCUUUCUUCGCGUUCGGCGCAGGGCCGCGCACAUGUAUUGGAAGACAUAUCGCAAUGAUGGAGAUGGCUAAGGUUGUUCCCGAAAUUCUACACAAGUUUGAGUUAUCACUGUCUAUCCCGGAGCAGGAGUGGGAAACAAGGAAUAUCUGGUUUGUGCAACAGAAGGGUCUUGUCUGUACCUUGAAACGCAGAGUGUGA